AUGGAUCUGUUUAAGUGUAAAUAUCUUCCUCAUGAAAAUGAAGAAGUUAUUGGAUUUUGUUUGAAUUGGGAUUGUUAAAAUACAACUCAAUAUUGUUUUGAAUGUUUAAAUACUAAAGAUUCACCACAUUCACAACAUUUCAAUGAUUGUAUUAGAUUCACAAAAAUGAUCUAAUUUAUGAAAGAAUUGAUACAAGUGAACAAUCAAUUAAGGAUAUAAUUCAAAGAUGUCUAUAUACAAUUAUAGAACAAUGUUGCAAAAAUUUAAAAACAUUUGGAUCAAGAAAUUAGUACAUUAGAAAAUAUGACUCAACAGCUUUAAAACAAAGAGUAUUUGGCUUGUAAAUCAUAAAUACAUAUAAUAAAACAGUUUUAUUCCAAGGAAAAAGAAAACUGCAAAUGUAUCUUUGUUUAUUCAUAUAUAAUAUUAAUAGAAUAACAAAUAAUACAAUUCAAUAAUAUU